AUGAGUGGAAAUGAUGCUUGCACUUAUGGCGGUUGGGAGGCGCUCGAAAAGGCUUUGAGCUCAUUUGACAGCAGGCAGUCACUCAUGGUCAACUCACCCCAUCUACUCCAGAAGUCGAGCAUUGACCCAAAUUGUUUGACCGAGCCAGCAACGGCGGCAGCAAAUAGGGUGUAUACAGUUAUCAAGAGGGAGAUGCAACUGGCUGACAAUGAAGCGAACCCUGGUACCUCACAAGAUACCGAAUUCUCGACGUACUUGUGCCUUGCUACCUCCAGAUAUUGCACGGAAAGGAAGCAGUUAGAGCACCGCAAACUCAUACUAGAUGGUCUGAAAUGGCGGUUCCAGAUGCAAGAGCGCUUCUUACUGGCAUGGCAAGAGAUGGUGAAACAUGGGUUAUUGUCGAUGGAGUGCGUCAUGAGGAGGAUCAGUCCUGACGCCAUGGACUCAGGUAUAGUUUUCUCUAUCGCUAGCGAAAUUGAACGUUUCGAGUACGUACAGGACUCGAUCAAUAAUAAUGACGGGUCCGAACGAAUUCUGGAAGGUUCUCUAUGUUUGGAGACAUGGGUAUACAUUGGUCCCAUGUCGGAAGAAGACCCGCUUGGUCAUGUUAAAGAUGUGGACUAUGUUGAUGGUAUUGCGAAUCUCUUUGGCUCGUUGGACACAUCCCAAUACUAUGGCCCCAUGUCGCAAGACGACGCGCUUGACAAUUUUGACAAUAUUGAAGACGUUGACGGUGUUGACAAAGUUGUGGGUAUUGAAUUAAAGGGACCGGGUGAGAGCAAAUACAUCAACUAUCCAGAGGGCGAAUUCAGUACGCUGACCAACCAUCAAGUUGGCCUUAUCCUUCCCCAUGGACAGUUCAUCCGUGCUUGGGCAAUGUUGAGGGCAAAGAGGUACAAGGAUGUCUUGAAUGCUUCUGUGGAUAUGUGCGGUACUGACUCCUGGGACAUGGACCCGCACUUCGCUGCCAUGCUGCAAGAGUUAUUCAGUCAGUACCUUGUAGGAUUGGUCAGUGUCUAUGUUGAGCAGUUGGCUAAGCUUUCUCUCGAAUCGAUCAGUUAA